ACUGAGAAGAUGCAAGGUUUGAUCCUUUGCGAGUUUUUGUGGCUGAGGGAUCAACGUCACCCUCGUCGAGCCAAUGCUAUAUCUUAGACGUGAAUUCUCAAUUAACGACCUUGUAAUCUCAUCAGUGAAUACCUUCAACUACAGCACAAACAUCUCUAGGCGCCUUAUUUAUAAGACUUGUGACAUCUUCUUAUCCUUAUUCUGCGUCGAAAGCUACAAGAUCUCCCACGUCACGAAAGCACAGCAGCAGUCGAUAUGCCAGUCCUUCAUAUAUUCUCCAGGCAAACAACCAAUCCAUCCGACCAGUCCUGUUCAGAAGAUGCACGACCUCAAAUCUACGGCUACGAGCCGAACGAGUUCGCUGCGUAUCUUUUCCUCGUCCUAUUCUCCAUCAGCACUCUGAUCCACUUACUGCAAGUGCUGAAAACACGCACGUGGUUUUGGAUCGCAUUCAUUCUGGGUGGUGUCCUCGAGAUUAUCGGAUUCGCCGGUCGCGUCAUUGGGGUCACUCAGACACCCUGUUACACGAUAACUGUCUACAUCGUGAUGACGCUCGGCACGCUGCUGGCUCCGACGCUAUUCGCGGCGUCGAUAUAUAUGGAAUUCAGCCGUAUUGCCGUUCUAGCACGAGGGGAGCAUCUUUCGAUUGUACGGCCGAGCUGGGUCACGAAAAUAUUUGUCUUUGGCGACAUCCUUUCGUUCAUAUUUCAGGCUGCAGGUGGUGGUCUGCGCUCGAGUGAAAAUGCAGACACAGCAGAUAUCGGCAACACAGUCAUCAUCAUCGGCCUGUGGAUCCAGAUCGUCUUCUUCGGGCUUUUCAUGAUCAACAGUAUCAUCUGGUGGACCAGGAUGAAAACCAGACCGUCAUCUCUCGCGCGUGAUGUGCCAUGGCAGAAGCAUCUGAUCGUCCUCUUCGUCGCGUCCUUUUUGAUCUUGGUCCGCUCUGUUUUCCGUGUCAUCGAGUACAUGGAAGGCAGGGGCGGAUACCUCAUUACGCACGAAGUGUUCUUCUACUGCUUCGACAUCGCGCUGAUGUUCCUGCUCAUGGCUGGCUUCCAUUACUGGCACCCUUCCGAGAUCAUUGCCUUGAAUGCGGGUGGCAAGUAUAUAAGGCUGUGGAAGACGCAUGAUGUGAAGAAAUAUAGAGAAGGGCAUUCGAUGAGUUCAGCAGACCAGCCUCCGAGCUACGACACGGACUAUGUCUCACGACAGUGUUAGUCCGCGCGAUAUGUAAGAAGGAUGAACAUGGCAAGAACCUCAAUUUGAGACCGCGGGGAACGUAUCUUAUAGAUGUAGAUUGUAUAGCAAGAAUCUUGCACAUGGUCUUGUGCCAUGCGAGGAAAGACGUAGAGGUAGAAGGCGGCAAUUCCUUCCAUUUAGUAGAUACGAUUUAGGACGGUAUUAUAGUACGAAAGCGAUGUUGUUAUUCAUUAAUGGUGGU